GGGACAUUGAUCUACGGCGCCGACGGUUCAUUCAUCUCGCGAGCCACUCGCGCCGCGCGACUCAUCCCGUUAAGGAAAAUGUGGACAGGCCUCCCAGAGAGAGGAGCGUGGACUCGGAGGAAUCGUACAUGAGUACGUCCAAACUGUCGCCUACAGACGCUGCUGCCUGAGGAGAGGCUGGGAAAUACCUUGAACGGGUCUCUAGGCAACAUGCGCUGGUCGAUCCUCGCAGCCGUGUGCACGGUGUGUGCCGCAGAGUUCUUCACGGCAACCGUGAACCUGGAAAAGCUUCUCGUCACCGAACGCGAAACAGUCUCGGCCCUCGAGCAGUACAUCCAAGCCGAGAAUGCGAGACUGGAACGAGUCAAGCAUCUGAAGAACGAUCUGGAGGGUCUCUGGAAAAUGGCCGAGCGAGACUCGGGCUUCGUCAUGAACCCGGUCAACGCGUUUCUACUCGUCAAGAAACUAUCGGCAGAUUUCAACGUCGUCAAAUCGAUGAUUUUCCACCCGAAGUCCUCUGAUGUCAUUCGGAACCUCACCGAUGAGGUACGCUUCCCGGACGACGAGGACCUCGACGGUGCGGCCGUGGCUCUCCUCAGGCUCCAGGACGUCUACGCGCUGGACACGAGUCAAAUGGCCAACGGAGUUAUUGCACCGGGUGCUAAUGAAUCACCGCGGCUGCUCGCCGACGACUGCUUCGAGCUCGGCCGUCAAUCGUACGUGAAGGAGGACUUCUAUCACACCGUGCUCUGGAUGCAGGAAGCCCUGGAGAGGCUCAACACCACGCAGUACAAUCCUGCCGAGGUAGAGGUUGACAUUUUGGAGUAUUUGGCGUUCGCGACCUUCAGGCUCGGUAAUCUCCGGCACGCUCUCAAACUCACUGAUGAUCUCCUGUCGAAACGGCCGGAUCACCCCAGGGCCAGCGGCAACAAAAGAUAUUAUCUGAGCGAGCUUGGAAAGAACCAAUCCGGGGAAGGUCGGGGCGAUACGAAGGAGGCACCGGUCGAAACGCAUAUCAAACGUCAGGACUCGCUCUCUGAUGAGCGGAUUAUGUACGAGCGCCUCUGUCGAGGAGAACCUGUGGAGAAGCCCUUCCUCAGGAAGAAUCUUCACUGCACGUACUUCCACAACAAUCAUCCGUACAUGAUUCUUCAGCCAAGCAAACUCGAAGUCAUCCACGAGAGGCCCUACCUCGCCCUGUUCCACGAUAUCAUGAGCGAUGACGAGAUCCAGACAGUCAUCGAGUUGAGCGCUCCGAGACUGAAGCGAGCCACCGUGCAGAAUGCCAAAUCCGGAGAGCUCGAGGUCGCCAAUUAUCGCAUCAGCAAAAGCGCCUGGCUGAAAAACCACGACCAUGAAGUUGUCGAGCGGCUCUCGUUCCGCUUCGAGUAUCUGACCGGAUUGACUCAUCUCACUGCCGAAGAGCUGCAAGUGGUCAACUACGGAAUCGGAGGACACUACGAAGCUCAUUUCGACUUCGCGAGGAGAGACGAGAAAGACGCUUUCAAACAACUCGGGACCGGCAACCGGAUCGCCACCUGGAUCAAUUACAUGUCGGACGUGAAAGCUGGGGGAGCCACAGUGUUCCCAAGGCUUGGCUUGACUGUAUGGCCGGAGAAAGGAAGCGCCGCCUUCUGGUGGAAUCUUCAUAGGAGCGGCGAAGGAGAUAUUCUUACUAGACAUGCGGCAUGCCCGGUCCUGGCAGGCUCAAAAUGGGUUUCCAAUAAAUGGUUCCACGAAAGAGGACAGGAAUUCCGGAGGAAGUGCGGCCUAAAACAAACCGACUGAAGUUCGGAGAGGUACGUGUCUACCACUCAAAACUCGUUUCUCACUCUCAGUGCCAAGUGAACUGGCGCUAAUGCAGUCAUUAAGACGGAUACAAUUGUAAAUGACAUUUGUAUAUAGGGAUCUGACCCAGAUUUGUACUAUGUCCUGUCAAUGAAUAAAUGCACCAGUUUCGAU